AAAGCAAGUCAGCAAAAAAUUGAAAAUCUCAUCCAAGAUUUGCCAUUAAAUAAACAAAUAAAACGAGCUGAAUUCAUUUUGGCAGCAACGGUAGCUGUGAAAUGCUUAUCAUUUUCAUUGAUGGAUACACUUACACCAAUAAUUUCAAAAAUUUUCCCCGAUUCUAAAAUUGCGAAGCAACUGUCUUUAAAAAGAACGAAAACUACAGCUGUUAUUCAUAGUUUGAGCACUGUUUUGUUAGAAGAAUUGAAUGAAAAGUUGAUGAAGCCUGGAUCUUUUUUUUCUAUUAUUAUGGACGAAUCAACUGAUGUUAAUAAUAUUAAGCAAUGUGCUUUUUCAGUAAUUUAUUAUGAUGAUAAGACAGCAAAAAUACAAACAAAUUUUUUUGAUAUGGUUGAGACUGAUUCUGCGACAGCUGAAGAUUUAUAUUCUUUACUCAUUAAAGUAAUAACUGAUAAAAAUAUCCCUCUCAAAAAUUUUGUUGGGUUUGCAUCAGAUACUGCUAAUAACAUGGCUGGAGAUAAUUUAUCCGUAUUUGCUUUACUAAAAAAAGAACUACCGGACAUCGUGACUACAAAAUGUUCUUGCCAUAUGAUUCAUCUUGUUGCAUCAAAAGCUUGUUUAAAGUUAUCCAAUUCUGCAGAAGAAUUAUUGCGAAAUUUAGCAGCUUAUUUUCACCGUAGUUAUAAACGUAUUAAAAGGAUUAGAAGAAUUUCAAGAGUACUUCGGAAUCGUGUGCUGGAACAAUAUACUCCUGUCCACGUUUAUCUUCAAGGUGAAUUGACCGAUAAAUCUCCUCCAAUGUUAUUAAGCAUGGUAAAAACAAUGGAUAAUCGCUUCACCUAUGUAACUUUACAAUUUUUGAGCUAUGCGUUAGAACUAUUCACUGAUUUUAACCGUCUUUUUCAAUCUGAGAAGCCUUUACUUCAUAAAGUCAAACCAGAAGUCGAAAAAUUAAUGAAAAAUAUUUGUAGUAAUUAUAUCGAUAUAACUCAUAUUCGACGAAAUGAUAUCAUGAAGUUAAAUCAUCAAGAUCCUCACAAAUAUGUUCCUCUUAAUGAAGUUUAUGUUGGAACAGAAGUAAAUAAAAACUUAGAACAAUUAUUAACUGAAAAACCAUCUUUGAAAUUGGAAGUGGACGAGUUUAGAAAAAAAGUUUUAAGUUUCUAUAUUGAAGCUGUGACGGUUCUUAAACAAAAAUUUGAUUUUAAGGAUAAAAUUUAUGAGUUCUUAGACUUACUUGAUCCAAAAGUAGCUAGAACUUUCAACAUAAAAAGUUUCGACUUCGUAUUAAAAAGAUUUCCAGUACUAAAUGAAUAUGUGACUUUGCAACAACUUGAUAAUGAGUGGAAAGAGCAUGCUCUAUUAAACUUAGAAGACUAUAAUAUUGAUAUUAAUUCUACGGCUGAGAUUUAUUGGCAACAAAUUUUUAAACUCACUAACCCAGUUGGUGAAAUGAAGUUUAAAAAUUUAAAAAUUGUUAUUAAUUUCUUACUCGUCUUACCUUUUUCAAAUGUUUCAGUGGAAAGAAUUUUUAGUGAUUUAAAAAUCAUCAAAACUGACCAUCGCAAUUGUUUGAGUUCUAAAACACUCAAAUCUGUGGUAGCAACUAAAAAUUUACUGUCAAAAAAUGACAGUAUUCUCGACUUUGAACCAUCGGAAAAAAUAUUGAGUUGCACAGGAUCAUCUUCUUCAUAG